AUGUCGAAAAAUGAACUAAUGAAAAAUAGUUCUGCUGUUGCUAAUGACUUUUCAUCAGUUGACUCAGUUCAUCAACGUGCCUGUCUUACACUUGAUCGGUCUGAUUGUCUACGACUCAUUCGAUUUCCAGUAAAAAUUAUCAAUAUUAUUCGACAGGCUAUACUUGAUAGUUGGCCUCGUGGUUUAAAAAAUGAAACAGAAUAUGCAGGCUCAUAUGAAUUCAAGUUUCGUGGAAAUCCUUGGCUCGGUCAUGGAGCCGCAGCAGUAGAGUCUCGAGCUAUGAUGAUGUCAAUUAUUUCAGCGUUGUAUCAUGAAGGUUGGCAUCUCACGACGGCAACAUAUGUUUCAAAAAGACAACAAGAUAAUGAUUCAUUGAUUUUCUGUCUCGAUGUUCCUCCACCAUUAACAUCAUUUUUUGCUGUUUCAUUCAAUGAACGAGAUAAAUUACGUUUGAUUGGUGCUCCAUAUGAUCUAAUAUCUGUUGUUCGCGAAACUAUCGGCACAAAAGAUAUUGAGCGUGAAGAGUGGAUUUAUUCAGAGGCAGCUUAUCAAUUUAAAUUGCGUAAUCAUCCAUGGACAGCCAUUGGUUACGAAAUGAUCGCUAUUCGAAUGAAGCUUCUCGAUUUACUCGAUUGUUUUGCAUCGUUUGGUUGGGCAUUACAUGCAAGCAUUAAUUUGAGUACAGAUCAUGAUGGUUGUCAUAUUGAUACUUGGUUUUUUCGUCAAAGUAGUCAAUGA